AAAAGAACCGCGAGAGAGAGAAUGAACCAGCAAGAAAGUGAAGAGCAUGAAGCAGUACAAAUCUGUGAGUUGUACACUCCAUUAUACAUCCAAAUGGUUCCCCAACAACAAGAUAAUAAUUUGGGUGAAGCAAAACGGAGACGACGUCGUAAGAAGAACAGAGGAUCGGAAGCGGAUGCGGUGGCAAAGAAGAGGAAGCUCACAGCCGCGCAGGUUCAUCUUUUGGAGACUCAUUUUGGGAGUGAACAUAAGUUGGAGUCGGAAAGAAAGGACCGUCUAGCGUCCGAGUUGGGGCUCGAUCCUCGCCAGGUCGCCGUCUGGUUUCAGAACCGCCGUGCCCGCUGGAAGAACAAGAAACUUGAGGAGGAAUAUUCUAGCUUGAAGAAGCUUCAUGAAUCCGUCGUCGUUGAGAAAUGCCGUCUUGAAACUCAGAUACUGAAGCUGAAAGAACAACUUUCAGAAGUGGAGAAAGAAAAGGAGAGGCAGACAAUGGGAGAACGGGGAGAUGGGCCUUUAAGCAGCAGCAGCCCAAGCCCAUCGAUGUCAAUGGACGCCGUGGACCCCACAGGCCUUGAGGAAUUUGGAGCAUCAUUCGAAGAUGUGUUUUAUUACAUGCCUGAAAACUCUUGCAUUUAUGGCAUGGAAUGGCCCAAUCCCUAUAUUUGAUAUUUAUAUUUUAGUUUUACCAAUAAUUCCAUCUUAAUUUAUAAAUG